CUAACAUUAUUCCUGUAUCAUAGAAACUCGUGUAACUAUACUUUCGCUGAGGGGCACGCACAAGGACUGUGUGUGCAGUGACAGCUUGGCUGCACUCGAGCUGAGCACUGAAGCACCCGGCUGACAAUUUGCCUACCGAGCAUGUCGUGCUAACGAUACAACAAAUCUUGCCAAGGACACAGAGGCGGCAUGCCGGCAAAGCGAAAGCCGGCGGCUGCCCCGGCGGCUCCGGAGUUCGACGACGACGAUGUGGAAGCGUCCGAUGGUUUCGAGGGCAUCAGUGAUGAAGAUAUGGGUGAUGGAGACCUGGCGGGGCUCGGGAGCGAGGACCUGGAGGAUGUCGGCGAGGGCGAAGAUGACAUGGACGAGGGCGACGAGGACGUGGAGGGUGACGAUGAUGACGACGACGGGCCUUCUGACGCUGCUCGCCUGAAGCAGGCCGCGCGGCGGCAGCAGCCGGCGGGACCCGGACCCAGCAGCGGCGCCGCCGCCGCCGGGAGACAUGUCGGCAAUCUGGUCGCCGACGGGGCGCUAAUGAUGCAGACCGGGACCUCUGAUGCAGCGAUCUUGCAAAUGGAGACCGAUGAGCUGCUGGGAGAAACCCGCGCCGCCUACGGCAAGGGCUCCGGCGUUGAGGCGGUGCUGGCGCGGCUGAAGGAGGCGCUGAUGUCCAUGCCCGAGCAUGAAGUGCCCAUGAGCGUCGCCAAGGGCUUUGUGGAGGCGCUGGGCCUCACGGCCGAGGACAGCCUGACCAUCAAGCCGCCCUCCGCCGUCACCGUGGUCGGCAGCUACGCCGCCCGCACCGCCGUGCGGCCCUGCCCCACCGUUGACGUGGCACUGCAACUGCCAACUGACUUCCUAACCGCCAAGGCCCACCUCAACUACCGCUACCACGCGCGGCGCGCUGUGUACCUCGUGGCGGUAGCACACCACCUGCGCGACGUCAGCUACAGCUUGUUUGGCGAGCAGCGGCUUGAGGCUCUGCACGGCGACCCGUCCCGCCCCGCGCUGCUGCUGGCCCCCGCCAAGGCCGACGGCUUCCGGCUGCGGCUGCUGCCGGCGCUGGCAGCCACCACCUUCGCGCUGCCUCGCCUCGCGCCCGACCGCAACGGCGUGCGCGCGCACGCCAAGCCCACCACCACCGCCGCCACCGCACCCGCCUCCGCGAAGCCCGCCGCCACCAAAGCCGCCGCCACCAACGGGCAGGACCAGCAGCAGCAGGCGGGGCUGCCCACGCCGCAUUACAACGCGGGCAUCCUCAUGGACAUGCUGCUGCCGGUGCACGCCGCCCGCCUGCGCGAGGUGGUGUCCGGCCCCUCGGCCGGCCACCUGGGCGACGCGCUGCUCCUGCUCAAGGUCUGGGCGCGUCAGCACGGCCUCAUGCCGCCGCCGCCUCCCUUCUCCUCCGACGCCGCCUCCGCUCCUGCGUCCGCUGCCAAGCCCGCCGUCACUGCCGCCUCCGGCGCGCUGGCCGCCGCCACCGCUUUCGGCGGCGCCGCCGGCGGCUGCCUGGACGGCUGCGUGCUGUCCAUGCUGGUGCUGCUGCUGGCGGAGCGCAACAAGCUGGCGGGCGCCAUGAGCGCACUUCAGGCCUUCCGCGCCGCACUGGCGCUGCUGGCCGACGCCUCCGCCUGGUCCAAGGGUCUGGUGCUAGCCCGCCACCAGGCGGCGCUGCAGGCCGCGGGCGUGCCGGCGGCGCAGCUGGCGGCGGCGCCGCCAGUGUCGGCCUUCAAGGCGCAGCACUCGGUGGUGUUUGUGGACUUUACGGGCUUUGCAAACGUGGCGGCUCACAUGACCAAGGGCGGGCUGGCGCACGCGCAGCACGUGGCGCGGCGCACCCUGGCGAUGCUGGACGCGCCAGCGGAGCCUGAUGAGGCGUUUGGCAGUGUGUUCCUCAGCCCUGCCUGCCCGGCCGCCGCGUUUGACUACCACUGGGCGGUGCGGCUGCCGCCGGCGGCCCACUGGCCCUGGCCGGCGGCGCCCUCUGCGGGGGCCGCGGAUGCCGGUGCGGACGAGGAGGGCAGCAACGGAGGGAGCAGCUUGUGCCGAGACCGGGCUCUGUCAAGGGACCAGGAGGCCCAGCUCGAGCAGCUGGCUCGCCAGGCCCUGACGGACCGAGCCAAGAUCGUGCGCGUGCUGCGCCGCCCCACCUGCCCCACCGCCCAGCCAGACGACCUCGCGCGCGGCCUCGUGCCGCUGGCUGGAACCAGCCGCGCAUCCGACUCCGACGAUGACAGUGAUGCCAGCCCGGAUUCUGAAUCCGGGUCGAUCCCCAUCUGGGUGGGCGCGGUGCUGGAUCCGCUGCUUGCGUGCCGGUUGGUCGAUGUGGGCCCUUCAGCCGACGACGGCCCCGCCGCGGCGCGCUUCCGGCGCUUCUGGGGCGAGCGCUCUGAGCUGCGGCGCUGGGCGGAUGGCAAGAUCACGGAGACCGCGGUUUGGGAGGUGCCGCAGGCCCAGCGGCACACCAUCCCCGACACCAUCAUGCGCCACGUCGCCACCCGGCACCUGCCCGCCGGCGCCUCGGUUGCCGCCGCCGCCGGCGCGCUGGACUGGGCGCUGUCGGCUCGCGUGUGCCCGGCAGGCAGCGGCGCCGACGUGGCGGCGGCAGCCGCCGCCGCAGCGGCUGCUGAGAAGCUGGGCAAGCAGCUGCGCGCACUGGAGGGCUUGGCGCUCAAGGUGGUGAGCGUGCAGCCGCUGUCGGGCGUGGCGAGGGGCACGGCGCCGCUGCCGCCGCAGCCGCACCCGCUAGCGGGCGGCGCGGGCGCCGGCAAGGGCGCUGACGGUGGAGCAGGCGGCAUCCCGCGCUGCUUGGAUCCCAUGGAGGUACUGGUCACGCUCGAAAACUCGGGCCGCUGGCCGGACGACGCCACCGCCUUCCGCAAGAUGAAGGCGGCCCUGGGUCUGCAGCUGGCCUCCUCGCUGUCGUCCUCCUACGGCCACCACGUCUCCGCCUCCGAGGAGGCCGUGGACGUGUUGCUGGACGGCUUUGCCUUCCGCCUAGUGCUCUACAGCGGCCGAGACGAGGCCAUGCUCGAGCGCAUGGCGGUCGCUGCCGCCUCGGGCGCCUCCGGCGCCGCCGCCGCGACCGCAGCGGCGGCUGCCGCCGCCACACCUGCGCUGGCCGCCGCCGCAACGGCGGCGCUGGCGGCAGCUGGCGGCUCCGCCGCCAGCGUGGGCGUGGGCGCGGGGCUGCUGAGUCCCGAGGAGAGCCCGCUGCUGCUGACGUGGCACCACGGCCUCAUCAGCCAGGUGGCGGGCGCCAACGCGUCGUACGCGCCGGCUGCUCGGCUGGCGGGCCGUUGGGUGGCGGCGCACAUGAUGAGCAACCACGUGAGCCCGCAGGCGGUGGAGUUGCUGGUAGCGGCGGCGUUUGGUGGCGCGGGCGUGCCGGUCGGGCCGCCGCCUGGGUCGCGCAUUACUGGCUUCCUGCGGUUCCUGCAGCUGCUGGCGCGCUGGCCCUGGUCGCUCAAGCCGCUGGUGGUGGACCCCGCCCGCGAGCUCAAGGAGCCGGAUCGCCGCGCCCUCGCACACCGCUUCGAGGAGCGGCGGGCGGCCGGCGAGGCGCCGGCGCUGUACAUCUGCACGCCCCGGGACCGCGACUCGCGCCACUGGACGAGCCGUGGCCCGAGCGCGCCGGUGCUUCAGCGCCUGUCGGUGCUCGCUGCCCGCUCCGCCGCCGUGCUGGAGCUGCUGCUCCAGCCGCCCUGCUGCGCCGCCACAGCCUCCUCCGCCUCGGACGCCGCCUCAGCGGCAGCCGUGGCCGCGUGUGCAGCGUACGCGUCCGCCUGUCCCCAGCUGCCAACGCCGUCUGGGCUUCCGGCCGAGUGGGCCGCGGUGUUUGCCACGCCCGCGGCUGACUUCAACGUCCUCAUUCUGCUGCGCAAGGAGGCGCUGCCGCACGCCGACCUGGCACUGCCGGCAGGCCCCCGCGAGGCUUUGGCGAGCGCAGCCGGCGGCCCACUGAAGAAGGCUGCGGCCGCGGCGCUAGCGGCGUCGGGCUUGGCAGCGCUACUGCUGCCACCGGGCGGCGCGGUGCGCGACCUACUCCAAGGCGGCGGCGCUGACACCGCGGUGCAGCAGCUCGACGCGCCCGCCUCCGGCCCCGACGCGCUUUCUGACGCGCUUGAAGACGCGCCGCCGCUGGAGCCGCCGCCCAAGCGCGCUCGCGCUUUCUUGCGCGCCUUUCCAGACAAGGUGGUUGCGGCCAAGGGCGCCUCCAAGCUGCAGCCGGAGCUGCUUGUGGGCUUUGAGCCGGUGACGCGGCUGUUGGCGGAGCUGGCCGGAAGCUACGGCCACCUGGGCACCUUCUGUGUGGAUGGGUUGGGAGGGCGGCUGGUGGGCGUGCGAUGGGCGCCAGAUGCGUUCCUACCUGCGCCGCUGCGGCUGAACACGGCGCACACGGCGCUACCGCUGAUGCUGACGUCGUCUGCGGAGCAGGAGGGCAAGGCAGGGGCGGCCGGCGGGAGGGUGUGUGUGCCCAACAUCAUUGCUGUGCUGCGCGAGGUGAAGGAGCUGGGGCUUGGGCUGGUGGAGGACGUGGUGAUGCCGCCGUCUAGCGCCAAAGCGCGAGCGGCGUGGUAGAGGAAUUGUACUGCCAAGUAUGUGAAGCACUGCGACUGUGCAGGUGU